AUGGAGGAGCUGAGCAAAGCAAAUUGCCUUUUCACUCUUGACCUAUUCAGAAAGCUGAUUGAAAGCAAUCUAGAUGGCAACAUCUUUUUUUCUCCAUUCAGCAUCUCUGCUGCAUUUGCCAUGGUUUACCUUGGAGCAAAAAAUAUCACCGCAUCUCAAAUGAAAAUGCAAUCCGAGAUUAAUCGAGCUGAUUUUUCAUAUCUGUUGAAAGUGGCCAAUCGACUAUAUGGAGAGAAGAGCUACAGCUUCCUAGAAGAAUUCUUUACUUCCUCCAUGAAAUUCUAUGGAGAAAAGAUGUCUGCAGUUGAUUUCCAAACUGCUGCAAAUGAAAUAAGGCAGGAGAUCAGUAAGUGGGUGGAGUUACGGACUACAGGUUCUCAUAACUGUUUCAUUCAUCACAGUUUUUUGAAACACUUGAGUUGCAAAAUAAUAAAGUGCUUCAAUUACUUUUCACAAAAUGAAAGGAAGCCAGUGAAAACGAUGCACCAAAAGAAAAAGUUCUAUAUCUUCCAUAUUCAAGAAUUUAAACUCCAAGUUCUUGAGCUGCCAUACGUUGGUAAUGACUUAAGCAUGAACAUCUUGUUGCCAGAUAUAAUCAUGGAUAAUUCCAUGGAUGUGAAACAGCUGGAGCAGGAACUUACCUUAGGAAAACUGCAAGAGUGGACACAUCCAAACUGUAUGAGAAAGCUGGAUGUUCAUGUUUGUCUGCCCAAAUUUAAACUGGAAGGUGACUGUGAGCUGAAAUCGCCGCUGUCCAGUUUAGGCAUGGAGGAUGUUUUCGACAGUGCGAGGACCAAUCUAACUGGAAUGUCUGCAACCCACGACUUAUAUGUUUCCAAAGUUGUGCACAAGUCUUUUGUGGAGGUGAAUGAGGAGGGAACUGAAGCAGCAGGAGCUACAGCAGUGAUGAUUCAAUUCUGUAUGGUGAUGGAUGAAGGGUUUUUCACUGCUGAUCAUCCCUUCCUCUUUGUCAUCAGGACUGAAGAAGGGUACUAUGUGAAACGUUGACUGCUCCUUUCCCCUAGAUGCUGCCUGGCUUGCUGUGUUCUUCCAGCCUCCUGUUUGCCUACCUUGGAUUCCAGCAUCUGCAGUUUUGUUUUGUCCCUCACAACAAAACAAAGAGCAUUCUAUUCUUUGAGAUAGUAGGAACUGCCGAUGCUGCAGUCUAAGAUAACAAGGUGUA